CUUCUCAAAACCUAUCGCAGUACGAUAUCCCUCAAUAACUCGACAUACCAAUGUGGCCGGUCGUGACUUCGGCUCUCCGUGUAAACUUGUUCAUUACUAGGCAACUUGUAUACAUGGGAAUAUUCUUUGUGGCUCUUUUGCUCGUGCUUUUGCCCAUUUCAUUGAUGACUUAUCUUAGUUUUUAUCGGAUGCUUAUUCCCGUGGAACGCGUUCAAACACCAACAAAGUUCACGGAGAUAGGCCCCAUCAUGAAACCCUCCUUGAUAACAGACAUAGAUAUCACGGGUGUCCGGGCCUUUUUGCAAGCAAACGACAACCUCACUUUUCUGGUCCGUCUAAACCUAGAUGCGAUCUGUAAGUACGAAACAGCCCACCAGUCGCUCACGUAUUCAUUCAAUCUUUGCCCCGAGCUCAAAGUACAGGACUGGCUCCUUGUUAAUUGUGACUCGAGGUACAUUUACGUGGAGAAAAACAAUUGGGUUCCAUAUAACUUGCGGUACUGGGUCCCGCCAAUUUUUGUCGAUGUAUUGAAAUUGGUGCGUGUUGACCACCCGCUAAUUCAACUUAAAGGACACGAAAUUCUUGCUGCUCUUCUGGGGAACAAGGCUAGUUUGACACUUGAAAAAAUGAACUUUCUAUUUCUUGAUUCACGCAAGACGCAUCUUGAUUUUGUUAUCGAGUGGGACGGACUUCGCUACUACCUCGUUAACUACUACUAUUCCAGUUUAUUCAUCGGCGCAGGCAGCUUCUGGGUUUUGAGCUCCUUCUUCUGCAUUGUUUCUGCGGUUGCGUUUCUGCAGCGUUUUCUCCGGGAAGAAGAGGAUAUCCGGACUAAAAAGACAUUAUGAAAGUUGCAUUGAGAUAAAAAUUUAUAAAAUGGAAAUCGCAUUCUACUUGACUCAUGAAGCAUUGAGUAACUUCAGCUCAGUGAAGUUGUCGAUAGGCAGAAGCGGAAUUAUGCGUGUAAAAUACUCCUCCUCACUAAUUUCGCUGGAGGCGACGGCCUCUCCUGCACCGUCUGAAACAAUAGGUAAAUAAUUGAUUUGGUCAGCCUCUACUUUGUCAAACAAGUAACUUUCAAAUUCAUCCACGAUUGCGUUCCAUUCAUUUAAUGCCUUAC